AAAACCCUCGAUCCCUCGUAACCUUCAGUGCAUUUCAAGAAUUUGCCGCGCAAAGAACACUGAACCAUAGGAAAAAUGCUGACCAAGCUGCUGAAGAUUAGCUGCACUUCGAGGCAGUGCACCUUCGCCAAGCCCUACCAAGCGAUUCCAGGACCUCGAGGACCCUUCGGGAUGGGCAACCUCUACAACUACCUGCCUGGAAUAGGAUCCUACUCCUGGCAGAAGUUGCACCAAGCCGGUCAGGAUAAGUACAAGCGCUAUGGCGCAAUCGUCAGGGAAGUAAUUGUUCCCGGACAGGAUAUCGUCUGGUUGUAUGAUCCCAAGGAUAUAGCUACGCUGCUCAACGAGCGGGAUUGUCCUCAGCGAAGGAGUCACCUGGCCUUGGCCCAGUAUCGUAAGAACCGUCCUGAGAUCUACAAAACCACUGGUUUGCUGCCCACCAAUGGUCCGGAGUGGUGGCGACUCCGUGCUCAGCUGCAAAAGGAGCUGAGUGCCCCGAAAAGUGUGAGGAACUUCGUCUGCCAGGUGGAUGGAGUGACCAAGGAGUUCCUCAGAUUUCUGCAAGAGUCGCGGGAGGGAAAUGCCAUCGAUAUGCUUCCCAAACUCACCAGAUUGAAUUUGGAACUAACCUGCCUGCUUACCUUCGGGGUCCGCCUGCAGUCCUUCUGCCCCAAGGAACAGGACUCUGAUUCGCGUUCCACUCGCUUGAUGCACGCGGCGGAGACCACCAACAGCUGCAUCCUGCCCACAGAUCAAGGACUCCAACUGUGGCGCUUCCUGGACACCCCGAACUUUCGAAAACUAAGCCAGGCUCAGUCCUACAUGGAAGGAGUGGCCCUGGAACUCCUCGAGGAGAACAUAAAGAACGGAUCUGAGGGAACUUCACUGAUCUCUACGUACCUCAAGAAUCCUGAACUGGAUCGCAGUGAUGUGGUGGGCACAGCUGCAGAUUUGCUUUUGGCUGGCAUCGAUACCACCUCGUAUGCCUCGGCAUUCCUGCUCUAUCACGUAGCCCGGAAUCCAGAGGUGCAACAGAAGCUCUACCAGGAGGCUAGGAAAGUGCUCCCGAAUUCUAAGGAACAACUAUCAAUGGAUGCUCUGAGAACAGAUAUUACCUAUACGAGGGCUGUCCUCAAGGAAUCACUACGAUUGAAUCCCAUUGCGGUGGGUGUGGGUCGAAUCCUUAACCAGGACGCGGUCUUCAGUGGAUACUUUGUUCCCAAGGGGACCACUGUGGUGACCCAAAACAUGGUGGCCUGUCGCCUGGAGCAGCACUUCCACGAUCCGCUUCGCUUCCAGCCGGAUCGGUGGCUCCAGCACAGGAGUGCCCUCAAUCCGUACCUGGUUCUGCCCUUCGGACACGGAAUGCGGGCCUGUAUCGCCCGACGUUUGGCGGAGCAGAAUAUGCACAUUCUACUCCUCAGGCUGCUGCGUGAAUUCGAAUUGAUUUGGAGCGGAUCCGAUGGAGAGUUGGAUGUCAAAACUUUGCUGAUAAACAAACCAGAUGCUCCCGUUCUGAUCGAAUUGCGAUCGCGUAAAGAAUAAAUAUUAAAGAUACAGAAAGUCCCGAGGGGAACUGAGACUGAGAGACAAAAGACUUGGAUCACUUU